AUGCGCGCGCCCUACCCGCCGCCGCGGUCGCGCUGGUUCGACGCCGAGAGCCCGCCGCUCCUCCGACGGCGCACGCAUUCGGGCAACGCGCCGCACGACGAGAGCCUGCGGCCGCUGGCCUUCAUGGCCACGCUCGCCUGCGUGACGCUCAUCCUGGCGUGCAACGCGAAGCGCACGCGGCGGCUCUUCACCUACGAGAAGCCGCCGCCGGCGCUCGCGGACGCGGCGCGCGCGGCCGCGCCGACGCCGCGGCACUGCCGGUUCCUCCGCGACGCGACGCUCAAGGUCGUGCCGGCGUCGUGCGGCGUCGGGCGGGCGGACGAGAGCCGGCGCGUGCGCCUCGCCGUGCUCGUGACGGGCCUGGGCGGCGCCGGGUCCUGGUCCGCGGCGCUCCGGCUCCGCGACGCGGGCUUGCUCGUCGAGCACGAGCGUUUAGGCCGCGACGGCGCGGUGUCCUGGCUCUACGCGGUGCGCGACGACCCCAGGCGGCCCUACCCCGUGGGGCCGGCCGCGCGCGCCGUGCGCGGGCGCGACGUGCGGUUCCACAAGGUGCUGCACCUCGUCCGGUGUCCUCCCGCGAACGUCGCCGCGCUGUCGACGCACCGGCGCGACACGCUCGCGUUCGCCGCCCGCGCGCUGGCCGUCGCGCCGCCGCCGGCCGACGACGUCGGCGAGUUGGCGGACCAGGGCGCGCGCAGCGGCUACCGCCUGGGCGGCGACCGGGACCGCGCGCGCGCGUGGCUCGCGUUCCUCGCGGGCCUCUGGGCGGGCUGGAACGAGCGCGUCGACUCCUUCGCGGACGCGCGGGCGCGCGUCGAGGACGGCGACACGGGCGCGGACCUGUGCGCACUCGUGGACCUGCUCGCGGAGGACGCGGUCGCCGAGGACGGCGCCGCGGCGCCGCGGCGCUGCGCGUCGACGGCGUCGUCGCCCGCGGCGGCCAUCGACGCCGCGCACCACGUCGCCAAGGCCUGGUCCCACUGGGUCUUCUCCAACGGCGAGUACAACCCCCAGCGCUGCCUCCGCGGCGCCUGCGACGGCGCCGACGGCGCAAACGCCGCGCACCACCACCGGCCGCACGCGAACGUGUCCUGGGCGGACCUCAAGGACGCGCUCGGCGGCAAGAAGUUCGCCAGGUUCGCCGACGUCGCCGCGAAAUUCGGCUACGACGCGGGCCGCGACUGCGCCGCCGUCGCGCCCGCGCGGGGCCGGAGACGACGCUCGAGCGGCGAGGACGUGAAAAAGGCCUACAAGAAGCUCGCGCUGAAGCACCACCCCGACAAGGGCGGCUCCGCCGACGAGUUCCGUAAAGUCAACGAGGCCAUGGAGAUGUGCAUGGACCACCUCUACGAGCCCGCGUCCUUCUCGCGCAGCGGCCUCGCGGCGCCCGACCGGCGGCCCGGCGCGGGCGAGACGUCCUGGGCCGACGUCAAGGUCUACUGGACGCCCGGCGCGCGGGGCUUCGGCCCCAUGCCCAUGCCCUACGGCCCGCCGCCGCCGCUGACGCGCCUGCCCCUGGCCUACUUCCGCGACCUCCUCGCGGGCCGCGUCCGCGAGGCCGCGCUCGCGGAGACCGCGGAUUUGGAUUAUUUGAUCGUCGACGCGCGGUCCGAGGACGAGCGGACCGCGACGGGCGAGGCGACGCUGUCGAGCCUCGGCGACAUCCGCCUGCGCGUGGCCAUCGCGACGCUGCCGCCGGAGGCGUGCCUCGACGGGUCCGGGGACGUGGUUCUGCCCUGGGUCCACACGCUGGCCGACUGGGCGAACCGGAAGGAGGCGCGGCGCCUGAGCGAGACGGCCAAGGCGGCGCUCAGAGCCGCGGAAUCGGCGAACGACCGGGGCGCGCUGGUCGUCGUCGUGUCCCAGACGGGGUCGGCGAUCAAGCACGACCGCGGCGACGACGAGGUCGCGGCGGAGUUCCUGAGGAACGCGCAGGUGCUGCUCGCGCCCGCGCGCGAGGGCGUGGACCGCACGCGGUCCGCGAACCGCGUCAAGGCGCCGCGCGUGUUGGAAGGAGGCUUCGCGAAGUGGCGCCGGGACCUCGCGGGCGCCGCGGGCGCGGCGCCGCGGGAGCGGUGGCGCGUCAAGAGCGGCGGCGCGAUCGCGCGCGCGGACGUCGCCAUGGACUCGCCCGUCGUCUGCGAGCUGCGGCCGGGCGAGAUCGUGGCGCUGGCGGAGCUCGACGACGCGUCGCCGCGCGUGGCGACGAGCGCCUGCGGGAAGCAGCGCUGCAAGAUCAUCCUGCCGAUCGUCGGCUGGAUCACGCUGAGUCGCGUCGAGCUGCCGGGCGCGCAGCGCGCGGGCACGCUGCCGCCGGACCUGUGGGGCGCCUACGCGCCGCGGCGGCGGCCCGACGCCGAGCCGCUGCAGCCGCGCGAGGAGCCGACGGAGCCGCCGCCGACGCUCGCGCCGCCGAAGACCUUCGCGGACUACAUCAAGGAGCGCGACGCGCCGACGCCGGGGCCCGCCGUGGGGGCGCGGGCCGUGCCCGUCGAGGACCUGGGGGUCGUCGAGGACGAGGACGAGGACGACGUCGCGGCGGCGCCCCAGAAGCCGCCGGUCGCUCCGGACAUCGACGACGACGACCCGAUCCAAAUGCCGCCGCUGGCCGAGGACCUCGGCGUCCUCGACGACGACAGCGAGGACGAGGCGGCCGCGCCCGCGCCGCCGCCCGCCCCGGCGCCCGCGCCCGCGCCGAAGCCGCCGCCGCCCGUCGCGCCGGACCUCGACGACGACGACCCGAUCGAAAUGCCGCCGCUCGCCUCGCCCUUCGUUCCGUCGUCGCCCGCCUCGUCCCCGCGCGCGACCGCGCCCGCGCCCCGGGCGAGGCCGACGCCCUCGUCCGCGCCGCCGCCGCACUCGUCGUCGGACUCGGACGAGCCCGCGCCGCCGGCGCCCAAGCAGCGGUCGACGUCCCGGUGGGCCAUCCACAAGCCGGAGGGCUGGGUGCCGAAGUCGCAAAGGACGCCCGAGGCGGCCUCGCCGCCGCCGCGCAAACAGAAGCAUCCCAUAUCGCCCCAGGCGACGACGCCGGUGCCGCCGCGGUCCUUCGCCGCCUUCAUGAAGUCCCGGAAGCCCGGGGAGACGCCGACGACGCCGAAGAGUCGGACCGCGUACACCAUGGCCUCCAAGAUCCCGACCUGGGCGGGCGCGGCGUCCUUCGCGGUGCCCAUCGCCGUCGCCUACGCCGCCGACAAGGCGUCGAGCCGCUGCGAGACGUGCCUCGCCGUCGAGCUCGGCAUCCUCUGCCACCUGCUCCACCGCCUCGCGCGCGUCGCGGCGGCGCCCGAGGGCGUCCUCGGCGAGUUCGGCCCGCUCUGCGCGGCCCUCGCCGCCAUCUUCUUCAAGCCCGCCUGGGAGUCGACGUCGACGAUCGCGGCCGUGACGCUCGUCGGCGCUCUGCUCGCGGCCGAGGUCUGGCGCGCCGGCUUCGCCGACGGCUCCGCGCGCGAGGGCGCGCACGACACCUGGCUCACGCUCUGCGGCGCCGCCUGGACCUACGCCCUCUACGAGAGCCCCGUGGCGGCCCUGCUCGUCCUCCUCCCGCUCAGCACGAUCAUCCGCCAGGAUCUCGUCGAAUCGAUCAACGAGCUCAAGCCCGUCGCGCUCCGCUUCGGCGUCGUCCCCGGCGGCCUCGCCGCCUACAUGGCCGCCACGGGGGGCCUCGUGCCCACGGCGACGGCCCUCGCCGCCGGCGUCGGGGCGCCGUCCGCCGACACCGCGGCCGCGGCCGUCGCCGGCGCGGUCGCGACGUUCGGCUCCGUGGAGCUCGCGGCCGCCGCGGCCGCGCUCGUCGCCGCCGCGGCGUUCCGGCUCAAGAAGCGCGGCGCGUCGGCGCUCUACCAGAACGUCGCCCUGGCCCAGCUCGUCGUCGUCCCCGGCGCCUACGCGCUCGUCGCGGAGCCCGACUUCGCGUUUGCCGCGGUCGUCGCCGUCGCCGUCGCGGGCGCCGUCGUCGCGACGGAGCUCCUCGACGUCGCCGAGUCCAAGUCCGACGUCCUCCUCGUCCUCGCCCUCGCCCUCGUCCUCGUGGGCCCCGCGCUCCAGACGUCGGCCAUCUUCGGCGGCGCCGCGCCCGUGGCCAAGCCCGCGGCGUACCAGGCGAAGACGACGACGACCUACGCGCCGCCGCCGCCGCCGCCGCCGGAGCCCGAGGCCGCCUACGCCCAGGCCCCGCAGAGCGGCGAGGACGACGACGACGACGAGCCAAUCAUCCCCCUCCAUGAAGAUAUACAUCGCAACAACGCGCGAGACCGCCGCACGAUGCUGCCCGCGCGCGCCGCCGUGGAGAUCCCCGGCGCGCCGCCGGGCCACCUGAAGAAGAAGACGAUGAUCAAGGACCGCGUGGGGUCCGUGCGCACGACGUCCUACGAGCUGCCGGAGGAGACGCACGUCUACGGCAAGGCGGACAUCAAGGACAGCGAGAACGCGGGCGUCGUCAUGUCGCGAUGGAUCGCGAGCACGCCGUCGCAGCCCAAGGAGUCGCAGCGGUCCUUCAUCAAGACGAACAAGCUCGCCCUCAAGGAGGGCUGCCUCACGGCCAAGUCGCAGCGGGCCUACGCGCAGGACCACCAGGACAUCCGGUUCACGCAGCCCAGCGGCAAGCCCACGGCGACGCGGAGCGAGCCGCCCUUCAAGGGGCCCUACGGGGCCGUCACGAAGCAGCAGGGCGAGUCCAUCCGGGGCUUGAUCGAGGCGGGCUACACGGAGUGGCUCGAGGACGGCGUCGACUACCCGGACCUGAGCGCGCUCGAGCAGAAGCGGCGCCUCAAGGCGCCCAAGGCGACGAAGGCGUCCUUCGGCCACGACAUCCGCAACAAGGAGGAGGACGUCGUCAAGGAGCCCUUCAAGAUGAAGCGCUUCGCCAAGGUCCAGAGCCGAGUCAAGUUCGGCUAG